AUGUCGGUGACGGAGCUGAAGUCCCUUGUCAAAGCCCUGCACGGCGCCUCGACCGCCGAGGAAACUGUCAAUAUCCUGAAGACGCUCAAGCAAGAGGCCAAGAUCACCGAGGCUAUUCUCCGGGAGAGUAAAGCAGGACUGGCUGUUGGGAAACUACGCUCACAUGCUGCGAAGGAGGUGUCCGAUCUCGCAAAAGAAAUCGUGAAGAAGUGGAAGACGGAGGUUGAGCGAGAAAAGCAGCAGAAUGCUGGAAAAUCUACUCCUAACGGCAAGGUACCUCCGAUGAGGAAGGCCUCAGUUGCUUCCACUUCAACCGCCACUUCCGCGACACCAUCUGGGACACCGUCGACGCCUAUCACGCCUACCAUGACGAUGGCCAAUGGCGGCUCGAAAGGCGAAUUGCGCACCGCGAAGACCGACGGUAUCAAAAUGAACAUCACAGGCGAUAAAAUUCGCGACAAGUGUGUCGAGCUCAUAUAUGACGCUCUGGCCUCAGACUCGGGCGCUCCCAGCGAACAAAUUAUGUCCCGCGCAAAGAGCAUCGAGAGUACUGUUCUAGCCGAAUUCAGCGGUACGACGGGAGAAUACAGGAGUAAGAUCCGCACGUUCUUCGUCAAUCUCAAGGAUAAGAACAACCCCGGCCUGCGUGAGAGUGUCAUCAGCGGCGAACUGCCAGUACAGAAAUUCUGCAGGAUGUCGAGUCAGGAAAUGGCUUCCGAGGAGAGAAAGGCUGCCGAUAACAGGAUUAUACAAGAAAACCUAUUUAAAGCGCUUGGUGCUGAGGAGGUGCAGGCAGAAACUGAUGCAUUCCAAUGUGGCCGGUGCAAGCAGAGGAAAUGCCGAUACCGUCAAGCACAGACGCGGAGCGCCGAUGAGCCAAUGACUACGUUUGUAACGUACGUGUUUUCAUAUUUAUACUAUCUUCCGUUGUACCAUGGAAAUUCUCCUAAAGGCUAUGACAUUUCUAUAAUGCCCGACUUUCGCACCCAGCUUGCUGUCUCCGCCGCCUCAUAUGCACCAUCAGUUGGACAUCCUUCAUCCUCCUGA